UAAGACCCCCGGCGAGGGAUGGCUCGACUUGGCCGGAGUCGCCUCGCCUUGCUCGGCUCCUGCCCGCCUUUCCCAAGCGGCGCCUUUCUCCUCCGGCUCCUUCCUUCCUCCCGGUCCACCUGGGACACCAUGGGAGAGCCAAGCGAUAACGGAUUUAGCUCUGUGCAAGAGCAGACGCAGCGAGGCUAAAGCGAGGCAUGGACCCGGUGCUGAGCCUGCGCCCCUUCCUCCUCCAGGACUAAAGCUCCACCAGCAACAGCAACAACGACGUUAUUAGCGCCUUCCAGACGCCCGGAGUAAUUUUGCAAACUGCAGAGUUUUGUUCCUUCUCGAGUGGACGGGUUUUGCCUCAAUCAAGGUGGAGGAGGCCAUUUGGAGUUCAUGGAGCCGGGAUUUCUGCUGUUUGUUGGACUUUCCAUUUUCUCCAGCACAGGCUUCUUGUUGCCCGUCUCUCGACCCCUGCUGCCUCCCAGCGGCAACGGCAGUGGGCUGAGGUCACCAGGGCUGCAGGAGAGAGUUGGCAAAGAAAGCGAGGCAACAACGGCAAGAAGGCUACUCUCGGUGACAGAAGCUGGCCCGGCGGAAGUGCACCGCCGACCCAAACGCUGCACUUGCUACACCUACAAGGAUAAGGAGUGUGUAUACUACUGCCACUUGGACAUCAUCUGGAUCAACACCCCAGAGAGGACUGUUCCAUAUGGGCUGGCUAAUUACAGAGGAAGUUUCAGAGGCAAAAGGUCUACAGAGCAGCAUCGCAAGAGCUUGCAGUCAUCAAAAUGGCCUUCGCUGCGCUGCUCCUGUGCAGAUAGAUGUGACAAGUCAUGCAUGAAUUUUUGCACGAGGACCCAGGCUGGCCAAUGUAGUAAAGAACAACUGGGCAGCACAGGAGAAACAGAACCCCCUGGAGAAAUGGAGCAUGUUCUCACUUAGUAGCUCAGGAUAAUUUGGUAGCUCCUAAGGAAAGAGGUACCAAGUUAAGAAGCUAUUACCUAAGAUAUGAAGCUCAUCCAAGGUGGAUAAAUGUGCCCAGAUUCUCAAAUGGAUUAUCUAGCAGUAGGUCCUACCUUUUCUGGAACUGAUGCCAUCCUGAAGGCGGAAAUUUCUCCUCUCUGGAGAACCUUGUACUUUCCUGCAGUGUUCUGGUAUGUCAUAACAGAACGUGGCGACUUCCAUCCAUUUUGGAAAGAAACCGUUUUGCCAUUUUCAAAGUCCAAAUAGCAGUCACUACCAGCAAGUUCAAGGGAUAAACUUUCUUACUUGAUCAACGCAUGGGACAAGUGAGGGAAAUAUUGUUUAACCGGCUUGUUUUUUUAAAUAAUAAUAACUUUAUUUUUUUAUAUCCUGCCUCCAUCUCCCCGAAGGGACUCAGGACGGCUGACAUGGGGACAAACCCAAUCCAGCAAAGAUUAAAACCAAACACAGAUUAAAACCUAUCUAAAUAAAAUCAAUGACAUUACAAGAAGACAAUAACAGCAAAACAUAAAUAUCCCUGGUGCUUCACUGAUUGGAUGCUAACCUGUAUUUGAGGCAUGGGCAAACUCAAUUUUCUUAAUUUUCCAGUUUUCUGCAGACAGUUGUGAUUGGUACUUUAGAAAAAAAAUUACUUUUGUUUGAUGAUGUCACUUUUAUAUUUAAAAAACCCUUUCUCCCUAAUGUUAUUCAAACCUGUCUUCAUAUUGUAAUUUCAGCGGCAAAACAUGACAAUAUCUAUGCAGAUUAAAUAUGAAUGGCUAAUAUUACUAUCAUUAUAAUAUAUAGCAAGCUAACAGUAUACUGUGAGUAUUUCAUAGAUUGUCGGGUUUUACGUGCCAACUAUCUCUGCACUGAAAUUGGCUUUUGAAAGAGAGAUAAGAAUAGCAGCUAAGAGACAUAGUGCUGGUGACUUGUUCUUGCCAGCCAACAAAAUUGAAAACUUCUUUAAGAAGAAACUGUAAAAUCUCAAAAAUACGUGAGUUACAGACACUGAAAGGCUUGUGUUAGUGGUUAAUUAUGAAUUGUAUAAGAUGGAUGAUUGGAAAGACUUGGGAGGGAGCAGUUAUUUGCAAUUAUGGAAAGUGACUCUGAAGAUCGCAAAAUACAGAACGACUGGAUAUGUUUCAACACAACUGAGGACCAUAUGAAUGAGUUGGGGGCAGGUUUGGCUUAAGAAGAAUUUUAGAAGAACAUUCUCCCUGUGUUUGCUAAUCAAACAGGGAAAAAAAACCAGGGGAACCAUUUAUUGAUGCUUGGAAGCCUUUCAAAGGAUGCUUUGGUAAAAACUGUGGGGUUUUUUUCAAUAAAAGCUUUAUAUUUUACUGGGAUACAAGUUUGAAGACAGCAGUUAAGGCUGUAAGCCGAGUACCUUAGCUCUGCAAAUGAGCAACCCACAAAACCAGCCAAAUAAAAUUUGCAAAGAGGUAAAGGACAAUGUCUUAAGCAAGAAAGGAAGAGAACUUUUGUCAGACAAAUUAUAAAUAUAUAUAUAAAUAUAUAAAAUAUAUAAAUAUAUUACAUAAAUAAAUUAUUCAACCUAUCAAAGUGAAA